UGUGCGUAGAUAGUAGACUGGGACUAUAUAGUCUCCAUGGAGGUUCUUUUCUCCAUUCAACUGCAAGCAAGACCUGGUAGGACAGUGCACAUUGGAAGCUUCAUGCACACCAUAGGAUAGUGGGGGUUUGUUGCUCCUCUCCCAGUAUAACAUGGAGGUGACACCCUGUGUCCAGGCAGCUAGUAGCCACGCAGCAUCACUGCUGACAAGUCUGAACCUCCAAAGAGAACGAGCUCAGUUCUGUGACUGUGUGGUCAGACAGGGACAGAGCCCAGGCCAACUCUACCCUGCGCACAGGUGUGUCUUGGCAGCUUCAAGUCCAGUUUUGGCAUCUAUCUUGUCCUCUACUGGUGCCCUGGUAGAACUGCAGGCUCCAUGUCUGUCUGACUCAGUACUGGCACUUCUUUUGAACUACAUUUACACAGGGGUUUUGCCGUACACCCGUAGUCAGCAACAGUAUUACAAUCUGCUCACUGCUGCCUCCUACCUGCAGAUGGACGAACUGCAGGAGGCUCUGAGGGCUUGGCAACAGACUGAGGUGAAUGCUGCAGAUAAUACAAAUGUUUCCACUGGGGCUGAGAAUCAGCCAUAUAAAGACAUUAACAACACUUAUAGUAAAACCAUGAACACCUUAUGUAAGCAUCUGCCAUUAUCACACACUGGCAGUGUAAAUUCACCAGAGAGAGAGGAUCAUCAAGAUUCAGUCAAUGUGGACACACAUGAUGAAACUCAGAUGCAUUCAGCCAAUGUAGAUUCCUGUAUGAAAGAUGUAAAAAUAGAUACAUUUAGAAGUAGCAGUAAUAAUGGUGCAAACCAUUAUAGUAGAAAAGAUGCAAGCACUUUAAGCAAUGUAAGUUCCUGUUGUGGUAUGUGUGAAAGCACUGAAUGUAGUGUAAAUACAGGUCACUGCAAGCAAGUAAUGUAUCUGACACCUCAAGACUUCAUUCAAAAUAUCCCUUGCACCGCUGGAGUGGAUGGGAUGUCUAGAGUGGACAAAGAGGUGCAAAUGGAUCAGUUUCAUUCAGCUGGCACUGUAAAACCAGAGACUUGGCAGGAGAGGACUGGCCUGAAGAGGACAGAGGAGGAGGUAGUGAGGACCGUUGAGGACAGGAGUAGCUUGUAUUUACUGUGCACUGCUGAGGUGCAAGAGGAAGAAACGAACAGAGCGGAGAAGACGCAGCGACUGUGUUUAACACUGAAAAGUAAAUCAGAGGAGAAGCAAGCUAACAGAAAAGAGGAAGACAAGACUCAGAUGCAUCACUCUCCCCUUCUUCGUCUCUCGACCUCCCACAUUAAGGACAAUGUUUCUCCCUCACAGUGCUCCUCCUCAUCCUCUUCCUCAUCACCACAGCCAUGCUGUGAGGCAGUGCCUGUCAUCCGUUAUAGCAGUAGAGCAGAUAUGCUCCAGCUGGCAGGAGUGUCUACAAUGCCUCCUUACUACCCAGUAUCCCAGGCCUCAGUCAGCUCCAGUAUGGCCCCUGACUCACGAUCAGACAAUGACAUUGUUGAAGGUAUUACCACUAAACACAAAAAUCAUUAUGGGGCACAGAUUCAGGAUUACAGAAACAAUAAAGGUCAUAUUGGAACACAUAGCUGGGAUUACAAGGAUAGUUCAUAUCAAUGUGCAAUACAGGAUUUAUGUUACAAAUCCAAUGCAGAUCAAUCUGACAUCCUAAAACAGGAUUACCACAGCAGCAAUACAGAUCAUGAUGAACAUAUGGGCAAUGGUUUAUCCCACAUUACAGGUAAUAAUGAUUGCUAUGCUCAUUGUGAUUCACAUCAGAAUAAGAAUCACACAAAACAUUUUAGGGAUGAUUCAGUGCCACAUAAUAAGGAUUGCAGCAGUUUCACCAGAGGAUUAAAGUAUAAAACUGAUCUCAGUUGUGAUGAUUUACCCUCCAAACAUCAGCGACUGGAUUGCUCUGAUUGCCACAAUGUCUGGAUGGCAAAUGCAGCAGAGGAGCAGUCGCAAGAUCUGGGAGCUGUAGUUUCACUUCUUGUACAGGACUCUGGCACAGGAAGUGUCUCUCACUGUGAAGAUUUGUGUCGAGAGGGAGAAUCGAAAGAGGAACACAGUUACUCAAGCAGGCGUCCAGCUGAAAUGGAUAGACAGGACAGCCACUGUAAUCGCUAUCCACCUAAGACUGAUUGGUACCCAAACUUGCACAGAGCCGAGACAAGCACAAAAGAUGCUACCUCUAGCCAGCACGAACAUGAUUCAGACAACAAAAACACAGCUAUGACAGACAAACGAGGCAGUGUUGAUGUUUGUCUGUCUGUCCCCAGCACACCAGAAUCAUGUUUGUAUAAUGUCACUGGCGGCCUCUCUGCUUUUGAACGCCGCACAACUCUGGAACUUGAAAAGACCUCAGGCACUGAGAUCACAGAGCCACACUUAACUUUUACAGUGCCUGUGGAGAACAACAUGUCUGAGCCUAUGUAUAGUGUUGUGGGGCAGUCAUACCGUGGACAUCUUAAUUAUCACUGCCUACCCCAGGAGGACACACACUUAUCACAUGGAGACUCUGAGCACAAACACUUCCACCCUAGCCUCCUUGAUCAUUCAGACCAGUCUAGUGAUGAGGAGGAGAUUGGUAUCUUUGCCAGUCCAGGCCAAAGUCCUCUGAGGCAGCACUUUGCUACAGGGACUACAGACCAGGUUCUACUGCUGGAUAUUAGCACCAAACCUGAUGAGUUGCUAGUGUCCUACAAACACAGAUCUGACCAAGGAAAGAAGUGGAUUGCAUUCGGCCACGAGGACACAUUUGGGAAUGGGUGGGGGCAAUGGAAUGAAACAACAUCUGUAGCAGGGGUUAACAGGAGAAAAUUUACAGCUAGGAUAAAACGUGGGGCUGAGAGUUUUGAUGAGGCUCAAUCUAAAUCUUGGUUUGCAGAAACAAAUGUUGAAGAAAGAGAAUCUGUUGGUAAAGAGCAAAGCAGGCCAGGAGCUGAGGCUAUACAUAAAUCUGGGGUUGUGGAGGGUGAGAACCAGACCACUACCUUGACAGUCUGUUCACCUACUAGUGUGCCAGACUCUGUACAGGCCUCCGUGUCAUCUACCUUGUCUGUCUGCAUACCUUCUACCCUUUCAGCCAGCUUGCCAAAAAAUAUAUCAGCCCAUCUGUCAACUCCUGUUCACCACCCUUUCCAGUGCUCUCUGUGCGACCGUUCCUUCAGCCAGCGAGGCUCUCUGAAUAGACACACGCGGAGCCACCUUGGCGUACGGCCCUUCCCCUGCCCCCGCUGCCCUAUGACCUUUUCACGCCAGUACCGUGUCACAGAGCACAUGCGUGUUCACCAGCGCUGUGUUCUUGGGAGUGACUUUCAAAAGCCCCCUUCAUCAAUUUGAGACAAUGAGAAGAGGCCACAAAUGUGAAAUAUAUUGUCCUGUCAUUGAAGGUAAGUAUUAUUCUAAUGUAUUGGUUUGUUUUCAAUAGCUCAGGAUUAUGAAAAUUUCUUCCAUAUUUUGCAAAUAUAUGGAAUAAGGGCAUUUUUGAGAUGAAGUUCUGACAUUCAUUUCCUCCAGAGGCCAACAAUGUUAGUUAACCCUGAUAACGCUGCAGUGCUCCAGUGAAAAUUGGCCAUUCCAAAUAAGGAAAAAGGGGAAAGAAGUAGAAAAAAUAAAUAAAAAAAUCAUUUAAAGCACCUAUAAUCUAGUUUGACGUUUAUGGCGAUUUAUAGAGCAUUUCAGCUCAUUGUUUAGCUGUCUGGCCCACAACUGUUUUGGUUCAUCGCUCUAAUAGGGCUGUUUCAGGCCGCAGAAGGCAGCUGUUUUCAGAGAAAAAGCUCUAAAGACCCAGUGUACACUACCUGCUCAGCACCAAACAGCAGACAGCCACAGUUAGCAACUAGCUGGUGAACAUAGUGGAGCAUUUAGCAGCUGAAGAGGAUUUCCCAGGAGUUGGUAGAGACCAGAAACAGAGCUUAAAGAGAGUGAACAUUGCACUUACUAUUACCAGGUUUUCAGAAACAUGACACCACAUGAAUGAUAAUGCUUCUCUGUAACUGCUAGAUGUAUAAGUAAGCAAUUGUCUGUUUACAAAUUUACAAUAAAAACAUGUUAUUGCAGGUUGCUCGUUAUCUGCUGGAUGUGUAAAUAGGCAAAUGUUUGCUAACAAGUUAGCCACAUACAACAUACAAGGUGAUGAUAUGUGAGUGUUGUGUUCACAGCUUGUUUUCUCACUACUGGUAGCUAAAUCUUUGUCAGAUUGACAUUUUGACUCCAUUCCAUUCAUUGCUCCAGAGUGCGUGUAUUCAGCAGGCACAACAUUGUAGUUAAUCAUGAGGUUUUCUUUGGCAGAUAGUCUAAAGCUGCAGUAACAGUUAAAAAGGUUUUGUAAAACAGUUGCCUGUCACAUUAAUGUGAAUCAUGUUCCCUGUUUAGACUAUGUGUAGGAUGUCAAAGACUUUGUUUUUAUAAACUGUUGUAAUAAUCAAAUUAUUUAACAGAAUGUCUAUUCCUGUAUUUAUGCAUGUCAUUUCUCUUUGUUCAUGGAAGGCUAUAUGUUGUGUAAUCUAGAAUAGAUUUAAAUGAGAGAUCAAUUACAGCUGCUCAUUUUGUAACAUUGAUAGUGAAACUGAGCUUGUCUUCAUGUAGAUAUGUCGUGUUGUAUGUCUUAUUCACAAUGUGUAUAUGUGAUGGACAAUUUUAGUUUUUUUUCCAGUUUUCAGAUUUUCACAACAACACUUUUAAAUAAUAUAAUUUGAAUAUGUUUGGUAUUACAAAAAAGCUAGCUACACUUUUUACAAACACAAUUUGAACACGCUGAAACAUAAUGAACUUCAUAUAUGUUUGCAUGUAUUUUUGAUUUGUGUUGUUAUUCUGUACUCAGUGUGAAAUAUUUUCUGAUGUUAUGACAUUGUUGAAUAAGAAAAAAUCAGUACCUAGAACUAUUCCUAUUCCUGACCCUGUUGUACAUACUUUUAAGACAGACAUAUUGUAAGUUUUAGCCUGUUUUCCAUUUGUUUUGGUAAAUUGAUCCAAAAAUGCUUUUUGCCAACUUAUGAUGACAGUUGCACAGGAACGGUACAGACAUGUCAUGAUUUAAAUAACAUUGCACUCCCUGUUUUCUUUGUUUACAGAUACAUUUAUUAGUGAUAUAUCUCACGUUGGGUGUCAUAGUGUUUGUACUUAAUGGUGCUGAAACAUGAUCUGACAUGGUUAAAAAAAAGUAUCAAGGGCAGCCAUGAAGUUCUGUGCAUGUUCUGCCUUGUUUAUGCCAAACGUCUUCAGGAAGGGACAGGAAGGUGGAAAAGGAUCACAUCAUUCUGUGUUCAACACUUCAGAUAGUUAAAGCAUAGAGAACAGUUUACCAGAGGUGAGAUGUUUAUGGUUGGAAUUGUUGACAUUACAUUUUCAUGUUCAGA